AUGGCGGACGUAUAUGUCCCCGUGUCAGCGGGGUCGCCAAGUUUGAAGGACAGCAGUCAAUACGUCUACUUCCAUUCGGGAUCUGAAGCAACGUACCGCAAGGUCGCAGACAAACCCUCAUCUUUCACUUCGAUUCCUACUAUCGACUUGGGCGCACUGGAUAGCCCCUCACUUGAGGAUCGCAAGAAAAUUGCAAGAGAUAUCUACGAGGCUUGCUCUCAAUGCGGAUUCUUCUACAUUGAGAACCAUGGCAUCUCCAAAGUUGUCAUUGCAGAAACGCUAGAUUUGCUCAAGCAAUUCUUUGCGUUGGAUAUAGAGGCUAAGAUGGACGCCCAUGUGCACAAGAACCCUGCAAUUCGAGGUUACGAGCCGAUGCUUGAGACGAGGCUGGAUCCUACGACGAAAGGAGAUAUUAAAGAGGCGUUCACCAUGGGAGACUGCGCGAUUGAACCUGAACAGGGUUAUGUCGGCAAAACAGGCCAUCAACCGCCACCAUACAUCACCAAGCCACAAAAUAUCUGGCCUCCCAAAGCCCCUUGGUGGCGUGAAGGACUUUACAAAUACUACAACACUAUGUUGCCUCUUGCUAUGAAGCUUACUAGAAUAUUCGCAUUGGCUUUCGAUCUAGAUGAGAACGAGUUCGACAAGUACUUCAAGUUCCCCAUCACUGGUAUGAGGGCGUUGUACUACCCACCUACUCCAGCCAGUGAGGGAGCUCCGAACAUAGGACUUGGCGCACAUGCCGACUUCUCUUGGCUAACACUGGUCCUCCAAGACUCAGUUCCUGCUCUCGAGGUACUCAACAAAGACGGUAUCUGGGUUGAUGCGCCCCCCAAACCCGGCACUUUCGUCUGCAAUGUCGGACAAUACCUCGAGAGGCAGUCCAACGGCAAAUUCCAGGCGACUGUGCAUCGGGUCAGGAACAGAACAGGACGCGAGCGGUACUCUUUGCCCUUCUUCCUGACACCGGACCCAGAUGCGGAUUUGGAGGUCUUGGAUUGCUGCGUGGACAAGGGCGAGGAUCCUAAAUACGAGAAAGUCAACGUUGGUGACUUUUACGUUCAAAAGGCUUUACCAGCAAGGAGCAAACAUCCGACUAGUAUAAAAUACAAGGAUGUGCCGAAAGAGGAGUUGAGAUACGGCCUGCUGUUGAGCUAA